UGAACUAAACGACAUGUUUAGAGUUUGGUUAAAAUCCGCUAGAGCAGUGGUGCUAAUUUUGUCCAUAUCGAUAAUUCAGAUUCGUAGACAAAAAAUUAUAUUAUUUGUAUUUGUCAUGUGUAGAGAUCUUGAAGUUGUUUCUUCGGAAAUAACUUCUACCGCAUUAAAUAUCUGUUUGUUUCUAUUGUUUGAACAUCGUAAUUCAGUUGUAAGUCAUCAAAUUAUGAAUUACACGAGGAAUUACCGGAAGAUAUUUUAAGAUGCGAUUAUUAAUAAUAACGAAUAACGCUUAAAAUGGUAUUGGUACCUAUAAAAAGCAAACAUGAUGUCCCUGCGGAUUAUGAGUAUAUAUCACCCAGCACAGCAAAGGAAGAACAAUGGAAUUUAAUAUCUAAGUGGGAACCAAGAAGUGAAGUUUUUUGUUUCUACUCUUUUCACUUUAGACAGGCAAUUUUGCAUGGAGAUAAAUGUAUUGCAGGAAUCUGUGCUGUAAGCAAUAUAAUUGUUAAUACCAUGUUUAGAAGAAAAUUAAAAUUACAUAGAAAUGGAUUUGUAGUUAGUAACGUCUUUGCAGUCAUUGGAGGAGGUGUAUUUGGAAGUCACUUUUUUAAAAAACUUGUAACAGACGAAUUACUGACAUAUAAACCAAAUUGUUUUACAUGUAUGGAACUAAAGGCAAUGUUAUAUACAAAUCUUGUGGCUGUGGGUUUUCCAGCAAUUACAUUUUCUUCACUGUGUCUUGGGAUUGCUGGAUAUCUAGGAUUAAGGGUACCUUACUGGACUGAAGGGCGAGAACUUUAUAGAUUUUGGUGGAGUGUAAUAAGACCGGGACUCCCACAUUUAUCAAUAUUACUUAUUCUAAAUUCAGUCACUGUUAGUAUUGUGGCAUGGAAGCAAGCUACAGAAGUACAGAAUAUAGGAAAUAUCAUACUGGAAGUAGACAAGUAUUUAAAACAGAAAAAAUUGAAUGAAUUAAUUGAAUAAAUUUUACUGUAAUUGAAUACAUGUACUAUGCAUUUGUACAGGUACCUAUGUAUUUAUGUAGUGGUAAAUAAUAAAGUUUUGAAGAUAAGAAAUUAUUUAUUUGUUACAUCAUUAAUAUUUCAAGUCAUACAUGAAAUAUCGUAAUGAAAUUGUUAUUCAGUUAAUUCUUCUUAUUUAUCAUAUAUUAAAUAUUUUUAUCAAAUACUCAAUUUAUUUGCAAUCAAAGUUUAAAGAGCUAUUUAUCAUUU